UAGAGGGGUGUUGCACUACAAUGAUCGGAGGACUGGCAGCUUUGAUUCUUAGUACAAUGUCUGUGAUUCAAACUGCAGAGGUUCCUCAUUACAUCUCUUUGAUUGAGGUUGAACUUGGUGGGAAUGUUACUUUGCAGUGUCCGGUUUCUGAGAGGGAGGACAGAUUAUUUCACUGGUACAAACAGUCUCUUGGACGGAUGGUCCAAACAGUUGCCACAGGAAUUUUUACUCAACAAAAACUUAGCGCAGAAUUUACCAACCCACGUUUUAAUGUCACAGAGGGAAAGGCUCAGUAUUUUCUUAUCAUCACAAAUAUCAGCAAAGAGGACGAAGCAACGUACUUCUGUCAAAAGGGAACGGCAUAUUCACAGAGUUUCGUCAGUGGCGUCUUCUUGGCUGUUAACGAUCAUACACAGCUGAAAUCUCACUACUUGAAACAAAGUCCAGAGACUGAGUCGGUCCAGCUGGGCGAUUCAGUGAAUCUCCAGUGUUCACUUCUCUCCAAGAACGAAGAAAACACAGAUGAGUGUCCAGGUGAACACAGAGUAUACUGGUUCAGAUCUGGAUCAGGAGGAACGCAUCCAAGCAUCAUUUACACUCACAGCGAGGAACGAGAGGAAAGAAGUUGUUUCUACAGUCUGACCAAAACAAUACAGAGCUCCUCUGAUACUGGGACUUACUACUGUGCUGUGGUCACAUGUGGAGAGAUCCUGUUUGGUGAAGGAACCAAAGUGGAAACAAGACAACAUUGGGACCCAGUUGUCAGCAUCCUCAGCAUACUGUUGGCUCUGUGUGUGAUUGUGAUUGCCAUCCUCAUUUUCUCAAGAAACUGAGGGUAAGUUUUAGCGACACUGCAAAGACGGAGUACAUAAUGUGUGAUUUUUUUGUUUUUAUUUAUUAAAACAUCCAAGACAAGGAUCCAGGACAGCACAGAAAGCCUCACUGUUACCAAAACAUCGGCUCAUCAGCUUCAUUCUAUGCUUGGUUAUGACAUCGAAAGCACCCUUUGGCAUUUCUAUGUGAUGCACAGCUGUCCUCUGAGGAAAACAUGAUGUAACACAUCAACAAAUACAUAAUAUUUUGGAUGUAAAUAUGUCAUGAAAGUUCCAUCCAUUGUCCAGUACGGGACCUAAGGUAUGUAAUGUUAAAACAACACAGACUUUUAGGACAUAAACAGCUGUCGGGUGAAAGUCUGUGUUUGUUUGACCCAUCCAUCUGCUUUGAACAUAAAAUAUUGCAAAGGAUGAGUUUGCACCGUAAUUAUCUGAAACCCGUGUGCAUCUUAUAGACACGCCAAAGCGUGCUUUCAGGGCUGCGGAGCAAAAAAAAAAACAACAACAGACAGUCGUCAGUAUUUGACAACCUAGGAAUGAGAAUGGGUCGCUAAAAUGUCAAUUAAAAAAAUGUUCUUUAGGACAGUGACAGAGCCAUGGAACUGGAUUUCUCUACAAUGGAAAGCAAAAAGAUGGAAAAAAGAGACAAUACCAGCAAUGGUAACCACAGACUUCUGUUGGGGUGCAAUCCCCUGACUGUCAAGAAAAGGAGUUCAGUUCCUUCUAAUGUAAAAACACUCAACAUCUCAACAUGUUUUGCAUGGACAAAGUGUGGUUAUGAUGUCAAACUUAAAAGAGCAUAGUUUUGCAUUGUUUAACUCCAUUUACAAUUGGCAUUAUGGAUGUGCAUGUACAUAUUUAACCCCACAUUUUUCCCCAGAUUGGAAAAUUGCAAUUGUUUAUGGGCAGUAAUGAAUAAAAUGUAUAAAACGGUACAAAUGUAUUAUAUGUGUAAAUGUUUAAUGUACAAGGGUUUAAUAAAAAGAGAA